UGACUUGCGAAAACUUACAAAAACCCUCAUGGGAGAAACCGGUAUCGUCCGGUUUCCAGGGAACCUAGACCCACGAGCUCAAGAGUUCAGACCGAGAAACCUCACGAACAUCCAAACCCAAUUUCCGGUUUUUAGACCACCCCACGUUUAUUACCCAUACACUCAUCUUUCUCCGUAUUCUUCAACCGACGUCCAAGUUGUGCCGUUCUGUGAUGCUUCUGGUGCUGGUGUAGGUGGUUUAGGCUACCCUCAGUGUCAUACACAGGCGGCGUACGUUGGUUCCCCCUCGCUUCCUGCACUUCCUCCUCCAUCUGCGGCGCCAACGCGGACGUUGGUGUUGAGUUCGGUGGCGAGUGAUGUGAGUGAGUCGAGUGUGAGGAGGGACUUGGAAGUUUUUGGUGAAGUAAGAGGUGUUCAGAUGGAGAGAGUGGGUGAAGGGAUCGUGACCAUUCAUUUUUAUGAUCUGAAACAUGCAGAGAUGGCUUUGAGGGAAAUACGAGAACAACACAUGCAACUACAAAGCAUGUUGGGGAACCAAUACUGUGGUUUGGUGUUGCAGAAUAAUUGUGAAGGUGAGAGUCUGAGUUCUUCGUUUGUGUCUCCAACCGCGCGUGGCCUCAUUGCUGGCCGACCCGUUUGGGCGCAGUUCAUUCUUCCGUCCUGUAAUGCCGUUCCUGAUGGGAAUAAUCAAGGGACUAUCGUGGUUUUUAAUUUAGACUCCGGUGUCUCCUCUUCUAGUCUAAGAGAAGUUUUUCAGGCUUUUGGUCCCGUGAAGGAGUUAAGAGAGACACCGUUUAAGAAACACCAAAGAUUUAUAGAGUUUUAUGAUAUAAGAGAUGCAACGAAGGCUCUCAAAGAAAUGAAUGGGAAAGAAAUCUUCGGUAAGGCUUUAGUUAUUGAAUUCAGUCGGCCGGGUGGCUAUAACAAGAAGUUCUUCAAUGCCUACUCAAACACAGCCAUCAUCCCAACGACUAGCACCAGCAACAACAUUACUGUCACUAACCCCAACACUUGUAUGGCAAGAAAUACUGAUUAUAACUUUUCAACUCACUCAUCUUCUACCUUUCCUCAUUCUCUCGUCUCUCAAACUCAACCCUUGAGAAAGAAAUCACCAUCAAGUUCAGUAAAAGGAAACCCUAAUGUGAACAGGGUUAGUAGUAGUACUACUUCAAUUGAGGCCUCGGUGGCUUCUUUGUCUUUGGCGGGUGCAGUAGCCAAUGCAAUUGAUGAUGGGAAUCCAAGGAGGAAUGCUAGGAAAAGCCAAAGCAGUCAUUCAAUGGCAUCUAUUAAACAGCAACAAGUUAAGAAUAGGAGUAAUAAGCCAUGGAAGGGAAGACAAAUGAGGAAGUUGGAUUCUCGUUUCCUUAUAAAAGAAGAUGCCAUGGUAGACUCGAAUUGUAAAGAUUCCCGAACCACUGUUAUGAUCAAGAACAUACCCAACAAGUACAGUCAGAAGCUGUUAUUGAAUAUGUUGGACAACCACUGCAUUCACUGCAAUGAACAGAUUGCUGAAGGGGAUGACCAGCCUUUGUCCUCCUAUGACUUCGUCUAUCUCCCCAUUGAUUUCAAUAACAAGUGUAACGUGGGAUAUGGGUUUGUGAACAUGACGUCUCCUGAAGCAACGUUGAGGCUAUAUAAAGCCUUUCAUCUUCAAAACUGGGAGGUCUUCAACUCAAGGAAAAUUUGUGAAGUCACCUAUGCUAGAGUGCAGGGAUUGGAAGCUUUGAAAGAACACUUUAAGAACUCGAAGUUCCCGAGCGAGAUGGACCAUUAUCUACCUGUGAUGUUUUCACCACCUCGAGACGGGAGGCAACUGACGGAGCCACUCCCCAUUGUUGGCCAAAAUAAGCACCAGCAGUUGAUGAUGAUUGAUGAUUCACUCACCAAUCCAGAUACCACAUGUGAUGACCAUGAUGAUGAUGAUGAUAACGACUUAGAUGGUGGUGAUACACUUGAUAAUAAUACCAAUGACUCUACUGAUUAUGCUGACCAAAACGAUCUCCUGAUUGGCGGCAGCUGCAGCAGCACAAACGGCGGCGAUGAUGACAGAGAUAAUGCCAGUGUUCUUGUGGCAUAA